AUGAAGAAAAACAGUGGCGACGCACUCACAACUUAUGCCUGUAUUGUGGUAGUGCAGGGCAUUAUGCCAUCAAGUGCCCCUAACAAGUCUAAAAGAACAAUAGCUAUGACUGCUGAGGGUGCACAGAUUCAACACCAAUCCCAGAUUUCAGACCAACUGGAUUCUGUCACACAACCCUUGUUUUCUCUGGCUCAGGGUGAAGAAGGUAUGAUGACUCAACAUCCUCAUUUGGUGGUGCCUAUCACUUUGAAAUAUGGUAAUAAUACAAUUUCAACUACAGCUAUGAUAGAUUCCGGAGCAGGCGGAAACUUUAUGGACAUUAAAUUUGCAGCAGGAAAUAAAAUUCAGUCUAUCCCUAAAUCUUCACCUGUGUUAAUGGAAACAGUAGACGGUUCUCCACUUACAUCAGGCCCGGUUACACAUGAGACUGUGCCCUUAAAAUUGAUUCUGGAAGUGAAUCACCAUGAGUCUAUAUCUUUCCACCUAAUUUCCUCAACACAGUUUCCAGUGAUUUUGGGUAUACCCUGGCUUGCGCUGCAUAACCCACAGAUUGAUUGGAAGACUAGAACUUUGUCCUUUCCUUCAGAACACUGCUUAAUGAAUUGUCAACCCUCUAAGGCGACACCUGUUACCACAACAAUUAAUGAAAUGGUUGCUACAAACUUAACUAAGCUUCAGCUACAAUAUCGGGAUUUUGCAGAUGUCUGUGAUAAGAAGAAUGCUGAUCAGCUUCCACCUCACAGGCCUUAUGAUUGCCCCAUAGAGCUGCUACCUUGAGCUGCUAUCCCAUUUGGCCGUAUAUACUCCCUUUCUGAGCCUGAAUUGAAAGCACUUCGUGAAUACAUACAAGAAAAUCUUGCCAAAGGCUUUAUUCGACCAUCCACUUCUCCAGCAGGAGCUCCUAUAUUCUUUGUAGAAAAGAAAGAUGGCAGUCUACGGCCUUGUGUAGAUUACAGGGACAUUAAUAAAAUCACUGUUAAAAACCGUUAUCCCUUGCCUCUCAUUCCUGAACUUCUGGAGAGACUUCGUUCAGCUAAAAUAUUUACGAAGCUUGAUCUACGGGGGGCAUAUAAUCUGGUUCGCAUAAGACCAAAUGAUGAAUGGAAAACAGCUUUCAGAACCUGUACGGACAUUACGAAUAUCUAGUAAUGCCAUUUGGGCUUUGUAAUGCCCCUGCAACUUUUCAGCAUCUAAUCAAUGAUGUACUACGGGAUCUCCUGGAUCAAUUUGUUGUGGCAUAUUUGGAUGAUAUCCUGAUAUUUUCUGAUAAUCUUGAAAAUCACAGAAAACAGGUCUGCAUUGUUCUUGAGCGCCUUCGUACCCACCACCUAUACAUUAAACUGGAAAAAUGAGUUUGAACAAACAGAAAUUCAGUUCCUGGGGUAUGUAAUAACUCCUAAAGGUUUAAGUAUGGACGCAAGUAAAAUUAAAGCUGUGCUGGACUGGCCCAUCCCCAAGAAUGAAAAAGAUAUACAGAGAUUUGUGGGGUUUGCCAAUUUUUACAGGCGUUUCAUUAAGAAUUUCUCUGCCGUUAUUACACAGAUCACUGAACUUACACGUAAAGGGACUCCUUUUCAGUGGUCCAAUAAGGCUGACACUGCAUUUUCCAGAUUAAAGACUCUGUUUACAUCUGCCCCUAUCUUGGUACAUCCUCAGCCAGAAUUGCCAUUUACUGUAGAGGUAGAUGCUUCUAAUUCAGCUGUUGGGGCUAUACUAUCUCAAAGGACUGGACCUAAGAUGUUGUUACAUCCAUGUGCCUUCUAUUCCCGCCAGAUGUUACCAGCAGAAAGAAAUGAUGACAUAGGGAAUAAAGAACUUUUGGCUAUAAAAGCUGCCUUCACCGAAUGGAGACAUCUCUUGGAGGGAGCCACCCAUCCAAUUACUGUCCUCACAGAUCACAAAAAUCUGGAAUGUAUCCAAUCCGCUAAGAGACUGUCAGCCAGACAAGCACGCUGGUCCCUAUUUUUCUCAAGGUUUAAUUUUUUAUUUCAUACCGCCCUGGUUCCAGAAAUGGCAAGGCGGAUGCCUUGUCUAGGAUAGCUGACCCCCUCCAUACUACAGUAACCAAGGCCACCAUCUUGCCAGAGAGCAGAUUUUUAGGAGUUACCUUUCCUUCUGAUCUAAUGUCUCACAUUAAAAAGGGCUACUCUAAAGAUCCAGUUUUUCGUGAUCCUCCUCGUGAUCUUCAUAUGACCAUGCUUAAUGGGUUUUGGAUUUUUCAACAGCGUCUGUUUGUUCCAGAAUCAGUGCGACUGGACGUUUUACGCCUCUACCAUGACUCUAAACCAGCAGGUCAUCCAGGAAUCCGAAAGACACAAGAACUGCUUACCCGAUCCUUUUGGUGGCCUAAAUAUUAUGAGGAUGUUAAGAAGUAUGUGUCCUCUUGUGAUGUAUGUGCCAGACAUAAGACUCCUCGCUCAUCCCCUGUUGGCUUGCUUCAGCCUCUUCCGAUUCCUCAUCGUCCCCGGGGAUCUAUAUCCAUGGACUUUAUUGUGGAACUACCUCCCUCUAAGGAACACACUACUAUUCUUGUUGUUGUGGACCGGUUAACCAAGAUGAGUCAUUUCAUACCAGCUCGUGGUCUCCCUUCAGCUAAACAGACUGCUGACCUUGUUGUUCGGGAAAUAUUUCGCUUGCAUGGAGUGCCUGAUGAAGUAAUUUCUGACAGGGGAGUGCAGUUUACAUCUCAUUUUUGGAAAUAUUUUUGUUCUAUUCUAGGUAUUAAUGUAAAUCUGUCUUCAGCUUUUCAUCCACAAAGUAAUGGACAGACUGAGCGAACCAACCAGACUUUAGAACAAUAUUUGCGGUGCUAUAUUAGUUACCUGCAGGAUGACUGGCUGGAUUUUCUACCCACGGUGGAGUUUGCCUAUAACAAUGCCCAACACAGCUCCACUUCUCUGAGCCCAUUUUUUGCCAAUUAUGGUUACCAUCCAACCUUUCUAGUGAGUCUCCCAAUUACUACUCCCAUUCCUGCAGUCACUGACCGGCUAACUGCCUUACGAGAUUCCCAAGAACUGUUGAAGGAGACUCAGGAAUGUUACAAAAGAGCUGCUGAUAGGCACAGAAAGGAGGCCCCAGUUUAUCAUGUUGGUGACAAGGUUUGGCUGUCAACAAAGAAUCUUAAGCUUAGGAUUCCUUCUCAUAAAUUGGGUCAAAAGUUCAUGGGACCUUUUAAGAUCGCUCAGAUCAAUGCAGUCACCUUCCGUCUGCAACUUCCGGAUUCCAUGAAAAUACAUCCGGUGUUUCACGUGGCACUGCUUAAACCUUUUCAUGAAAAUACUUUCCCUGGUCGAGCCUUGCAUGCCCCACCACCAGUCCUCGUGGAUGGUGAAGAUGAAUACGAGGUGGAAAAAAUUCUUGACUCCAGGAUCUUCCGCAACAAACUUCAAUACUUGGUUCAUUGGAAAGGCUAUGGUGAGGAGGAUAGAUCAUGGGAACCAGUGGACAAUAUUCAUGCUCCUGAUCUUCUUCAGUCUUUCCAUGCACAGUACCCUGCUAAACCAGGAAAUAGGGCAUCCAGAGGCUGCGCCUGUAAAGGUGGAGGUAAUGUGAGGAACUGACUCUGCUGGGUUUCGAACCCUGGUUUACAUGAUGCUAAACCUUUUCCUUACCAGUACACCAGCCUGCCUUUUGCAAAUUUACCUGAGAUCUGAUACCAUUGCUUGUAGAGUCAAGGUUAUCAGUGACAACUCACUUCAGCUGUGUCUAGUCAGGUGUCUGGUUCUUGGCCUAUAAAAGCCACUUCCUGUCUCUUUACCUUUGCCAGAUUAUUGUGGUUCCUGUACUCUCUAAUCCAGCGUGUUCCUGUUUCUCCUUCCUGUUGCUGAAUUUGGACUGUUUUGACUUUGCUGCUUCUCCUUCCCACUGACUUCGGCUUGCCUGACUACGAUUAUCAUCUUUCUGUUCCAGUCUCCCAUCUCUGCUUGAGACCAGAAGGCCACUCAAGGCUCAGGGGCUCAACCACCUGGGUAACGAGUGGCUACCUCUGGCAGAAAACAUUGCUGAUCUGGCUACUGGACUCCAAAACUUUGUAACAUCAAUAUCAUUAUCAUUACAACACCAUGUAAACAUUCACAUUGCAGGUGGAAAAAGUAUGUGAACCCCUAGACUAAUGACAUCUCCAAGAGCUAAUUGGAGUGAGAUGUCAGCCAACUGGAGUCCAAUCAAUGAGAUGAGAUUGGAGGUGUUGGUUACAGCUGCCCUGCCCUGCCCUAUCAAAAACACACACCAGUUUUGGGUUUGCUUUUCACAAGAAGCAUUGCCUGAUGUGAAUGAUGCCUCGCACAAAAGAGCUCUCAGAAGACCCACGAUUAAGAAUUGUUGACUUGCAUUAAGCUGGAAAGGGUUAUAAAAGUAUCUCCAAAAGCCUUGCUGUUCAUCAGUCCACGGUAAGGCAAAUUGUCUAUAAAUGGAGAAAGUUCAGCACUGCUGCUACUCUCCCGAGGAAUGGCCGUCCUGUAAAGAUGACUGCAAGAGCACAGCGCAGACUGCUCAAUGAGGUGAAGAAGAAUCCUAGAGUGUCAGCUAAAGACUUACAAAAGUCACUGGCAAAUGCUAACAUCCCUGUUAGAAUCUACAAUACGUAAAACACUAAACAAGAAUGGAUUUCAUGGGAGGAUACCACAGAGGAAGCCACUGCUGUCCAAAUAAAACAUUGCUGCACGUUUACCAUUUGCACAAGAGUACCUGGAUGUUCCACAGCAGUACUGGCAAAAUAUUCUGUGGACAGAUGAAACCAAAGUUGAGUUGUUUGGAAGAAACACACAACACUAUGUGUGGUGAAAAAAAGGCACAGCACACCAACAUCAAAACCUCAUCCCAACUGUGAAGUAUGGUGGUGGGGGCAUCAUGGUUUGGGGCUGCUUUGCUGCGUCAGGGCCUGGACGGAUUGCUAUCAUCGAAGGAAAAAUUAAUUCCCAAGUUUAUCAAGACAUUUUGCAGGAGAACUUAAGGCCAUCUGUCUACCAGCUAAAGCUCAACAGAAGAUGGGUGUUGCAACAGGACAAUGACCCAAAGCAUAGAAAUAAAUCAACAACAGAAUGGCUUAAACAGAAGAAAAUAUGCCUUCUGAAGUGGCCUAGUCAGAGUCCUGACCUCAACCAGAUUGAGAUGCUGUGGCAUGACCUCAAGAAAGCGAUUCACACCAGACAUCCCAAGAAUAUUGCUGAACUGAAACAGUUCUGUAAAGAGGAAUGGUCAAGAAUUACUCCUGACCGUUGUGCACGUCUGAUCUGCAACUACAGGAAAUGUUUGGCUGAAGUUAUUGCUGCCAAAGGAGGUUCAACCUGUUAUUAAAUCCAAGGGUUCACAUACUUUUUCCACCUGAACUGUGAAUGUUUACAUGGUGUGUUCAAUAAAAACAUGGCAACAUUUCAUGCUUUGUGUGUUAUUAGUUUAAGCAGACUGUGAUUGUCUAUUGUUGUGACUUAGAUGAUGAUCAGAUCACAUUUUAUGACCAAUUUGUGCAGAAAUCUAUAUCAUUCCAAAGGGUUCACAUACUUUUUCUUGCAACUGUGUAUAUAUAUAUAUAUAUAUAUUUUCAUACUAAGUGUAUUUUUAUAUUAAUAUAUACGUAUAUAAAUAAAAAAUUACACUUAUAAUUAAAUAACACACGUAUAUAAAUAAUAUAUGCAAUAAAGAUAUAUAUUGUAUAUAUAUAUAUAUAUAUUAUAAAAUACAAAUAAUAAGUAAAUUAAAAUAAAUGAGAAAUUUUAAUAAUUAAAAAAAUUUAAAUUAUAUAUUUGUAUAUGAAAUUUUAUUCUAACUGUAUUUUGAUAUUAAUAUAUAUUUAUAUCAAAAUACACUUAGAUUGAAAUUAUAUAUACAUCUAGGUAAAUAUAAAUAAAUCUAAAUUUUACGAAAUAUAUAUAUCAAUAUACAAAAUUACAUAAAUAAUUUCAUAAAUAUACACGUAAACUUCAAAUAUAUAAACAUGCAUAUAUAUUCAAAUUCUACGUGUAUUUUUAUGUAAUAUUUUUACAUAAUUAAGUAAUUUUAUUGAUUGUAAAUUGAGGGACCUGCCUGACAACCCAGGCCGAAGUCCAGAGAAUUUAAUUUGCUAGCACUGUAUUUAACCCUGUAACUUUCUACGACACCCUAAAACCUGUACAUGGGGGGUACUGUUUUACACGGGAGACUUUGCUGAACACAAAUAUUAGUGUUUUAAAACAGUAAAACAUAUCACAGCGAUGAUAUUGUCAGUGAAAGUGAUUUUUUUUUUUGCAUUUUUCACACACAAACGGCACUUUCACUGGAGAUAUAACGGUUGUGAUAAGUUUUACUAUUUUGAAAAACUAAUAUUUGUGUUCAGCAAAGUCUCCCGAGUAUAACAGUACCCCCCAUGUACAGGUUUUAUAGCGUUUUUGAAAGUUACAGGGUCAAAUAUAUGGGUCAAAUAUUUUUACAUUGAAAAUGGCCAGGUUGGUUAUGUUGCCUUUGAGACCACAUGGUAGCCCAGGAAUAAGAAUUACCCCCAUUAUUAUUAUUAUGAUAUUUAUAGAGCGCAGUCAAAUUCCGCAGCGCUUUACAAUGGGUGGACGAACAGACAUGUAGUUGUAACCAGACAAGUUGGACACACAGGAACAGAGGGGUUGAGGGCCCUGCUCAGUGAGUUUACAUGCUAGAGGGAGUGGGGUAUAGUGACACAGUAACAGAGGGAUUGAGGGUCCUGCUCAGUGAGGUUACAUGUUAGAGGGAGUGGGGUAUAGUGACACAGUAACAGAGGGAUUGAGGGCCUGCUCAGUGAGUUUACCUGCUAGAGGGAGUGGGUUAUAGUGACACAGUAACAGAGGGAUUGAGGGCCCUGCUCAGUGAGUUUACAUGUUAGAGGGAGUGGGGUAUAGUGACACAGUAACAGAGGGAUUGAGGGCCUGCUCAGUGAGUUUACAUGCUAGAGGGAGUGGGGUAUAGUGACACAGUAACAGAGGGAUUGAGGGUCCUGCUCAGUGAGUUUACAUGUUAGAGGGAGUGGGGUGUAGUGACACAGUAACAGAGGGAUUGAGGGCCCUGCUCAGUAAGUGUACUUGUUAGAGGGAGUGGGGUAUAGUGACACAGUAACAGAGGGAUUGAGGGCCUGCUCAGUGAGUUUACAUGUUAGAGGGAGUGGGGUAUAGUGACACAGUAACAGUAGGAUUGAGGGCCUGCUCGGUGAGUUUACAUGUUAGAGGGAGUGGGGUAUAGUGACACAGUAACAGAGGGAUUGAGGGCCCUGCUCAGUGAGCUUACAUGUUAGAGAGAGUGGGGUAUAGUGACACAGUAACAGAGGGAUUGAGGCCCUGCUCAUUGAGUUUACAUGUUAGAGAGAGUGGUGUAUAGUGACACAGUAACAGAGGGAUUGAGGGCCUGCUCAGUGAGUUUACAUGUUAGAGGGAGUGGGGUAUAGUGACACAGUAACAGAGGGAUUGAGGCCUGCUCAGUGAGUUUACAUGUUAGAGGGAGUGGGGUAUAGUGACACAGUAACAGAGGGAUUGAGGGCCCUGCUCAGUGAGUUUCCAUGUUAGAGGGAGUGGGGUAUAGUGACAGUAACAGAGGGAUUGAGGGCCUGCUCAGUGAGUUUACAUGUUAGAGGGAGUGGGGUAUAGUGACACAGUAACAGAGGGAUUGAGGACCUGCUCAGUGAGUUUACAUGUUAGAGGGAGUGUGGUAUAGUGACACAGUAACAGAGGGAUUGAGGGCCCUGCUCAGUGAGUUUCCAUGUUAGAGGGAGUGGGGUAUAGUGACACAGUAACAGAGGGAUUGAGGGUCCUGCUCAGUGAGUUUACAUGUUAGAGGGAGUGGGGUAUAGUGACACCGUAACAGAGGGAUUGAGGGCCUGCUCAGUGAGGUUACAUGUUAGAGGGAGUGGGGUAUAGUGACACAGUAACAGAGGGAUUGAGGGCCUGCUCAGUGAGUUUACAUGUUAGAGGGAGUGGGGUAUGUGACACAGUAACAGAGGGAUUGAGGGCCUGCUCAGUGAGUUUACAUGUUAGAGGGAGUGGGGUAUAGUGACACAGUAACAGAGGGAUUGAGGGCCCUGCUCAGUGAGUUUACAUGUUAGAGGGAGUGGGGUAUAGUAACACAGUAACAGAGGGAUUGAGGGCCCUGCUCAGUGAGUUUACAUGUUAGAGGGAGUGGGGUAUAGUGACACAGUAACAGAGGGAUUGAGGGCCUGCUCAGUGAGUUUACAUGUUAGAGGGAGUGGGGUAUAGUGACACAGUAAUAGAGGGAUUGAGGGCCCUGCUCAGUGAGUUUACAUGUUAGAGGGAGUGGGGUAUAGUGACACAGUAACAGAGGGAUUGAGGUCCUGCUCAGUGAGCUUACAUGCUAGAGGCAGUGGGGUAUAGUGACACAGUAACAGAGGGAUUGAGGGCCUGCUCAGUGAGUUUACAUCCUAGAGGGAGUGGGGUAUAGUGACACAGUAACAGAGGAAUUGUGGGCCUGCUCAGUGAGUGUACAUGUUAGAGGGAGUGGGGUAUAGUGACACAGUAACAGAGGGAUUGAGGGCCUGCUCAGUGAGCUUACAUGUUAGAGGGAGUGGGGUAUAGUGACACGGUAACAGAGGGAUUGAGGCCCUGCUCAGUGAGUUUACAUGUUAGAGGGAGUGGGGUAUAGUGACUCGGUAACAGAGGGAUUGAGGGCCCUGCUCAGUGAGUUUACAUGUUAGAGGGAGUGGGGUAUAAUGACACAGUAACAGAGGGAUUGAGGGCCUGCUCAGUGAGGUUACAUGUUAGAGGGAGUGGGGUAUAUUGACACAGUAACAGAAGGAUUAAGGGCCUGCUCAGUGAGCUUACAUGUUAGAGAGAGUGGGGUAUAGUGACACAUUAACAGAGGGAUUGAGACCCUGCUCAGUGAGGUUACAUGUUAGAGGGAGUGGGGUAUAGUGACACAGUAACAGAGGGAUUGAGGGCCCUGCUCAGUGAGUUUACAUGUUAGAGGGAGUGGGGUAUAGUGACACAAUAACAGAGGGAUUGAGGGCCUGCUCAGUGAGUUUACAUGUUAGAGGGAGUGGGGUAUAGUGACACAGUAACAGAGGGAUUGAGGGCCCUGCUCAGUGAGUUUACAUGUUAGAGGGAGUGAGGUAUAGUGACACAGUAACAGAGGGAUUGAGGGCCUGCUCAGUGAGUUUACAUGUUAGAGGGAGUGGGGUAUAGUGACACAGUAACAGAGGGAUUGAGGGCCUGCUCAGUGAGUUUACAUGUUAGAGGGAGUGGGGUAUAGCAACACAGUAACAGAGGGGUUGAGGGCCUGCUCAGUGAGUUUACAUGUUAGAGGGAGUGGGGUAUAGUGACACAGUAACGGAGGGAUUGAGGCCCUGCUCAGUGAGUUUACAUGUUAGAGAGAGUGGGGUAUAGUGACACAGUAACAGAGGGAUUGAGGCCCUGCUCAGUGAGUUUACAUGUUAGAGGGAGUGGGGUAUAGUGACAGUAACAGAGGGAUUGGGGCUCCUGCUCAGUGAGUUUACAUGUUAGAGGGAGUGGGGUAUAGUGACACAGUAACAGAGGGAUUGAGGGCCCUGCUCAGUGAGUUUACAUGUUACAGGGAGUGGGGUAUAGUGACACAAAGGUAAGGAUAGUAUUAGACUAGUGACAGUUGCAGAAGAGGAAUCAGUCAGGAGCUAUUAACAGUUUAAUUGAUACACUUUCAAUGAUGGCAUACCAUUUGCAAAAGAAGACAACCCAAGUUAUUGCAAAUGGGGUAUGUCCAGUCUUUUUUAGUAGCCACUUAGUCACAAACACUGAGAAAAAUUAGCGUUCAAUUUCGUUUUUUGCAAUUUUCACACACAAACAAAUAUAUAUGCUAACUUUGGCCAGUGUUUGUGACUAAGUGGCUACUAAAAAAGACUGGACAUACCCCAUUGAAUACCCUGGGUUGUCUAUGUACAUUUGAGGUGUAAUUCUGGGAUUUAUGACAGAUAAUAGUGUUACAAUGUCACUAUUGAUAAAUUUUUAAAAUAUAUAUUUUGAAAUAGCAAUAUCCUACUUGUACUUAUAGCCCUAUAACUUGCAAAAAAAAAAAAGCUAAAAAACAUGUAAACACUGGGUGUUUAUAAACUCAAGACAAAAGUUUGAAUCUAUUUAGCAGUUUUUUUCAUUAGCUUUUGUAGGUGAGUAAAAUAUUUUUCAAGUAAAAGUAAAAAAACAUGUAUUUUUUUUUUUUUAAUUAAAUUACAUGAGAUUAUAUAAAUAAUGGUAUGUAAAGAAAGCCCCUUUUGUCCUGAAAAAAAAACAAUAAAUAAUUUGUAUGGGAACAAUAAAUGAGAGAGCGGAAAAUUACAGCUAAACACAAACACCACAAGAGUGGAAAUAUAGGCCUGGUCGCAAAUGUACAACAUCGCAAAAACAGUCCAGUCCUGAAGGGGUUAAAACAGCCCUGGCCCUUAACGUACCAAAUGGGUAAAACAGUCCGGUCAUGAAGGGGUUAAAACAGCCCCGGUCCUUAAUGUACAACAUGGCUAAAACAGGCCGGUCGUGAAGGGGUUAAAACAGCCCCGGCCCUUAACGUACAACAUGGGCAAAACAGUCCGGUCCUGAAGGGGUUAAAACAGCCCCGGUCCUUAGCGUACAACAUGGGCAAAACACUCCGGUCCUGAAGGGGUUAAAACAGCACCAGCCCUUAACGUACAACAUGACUAAAACAGUCCGGUCCUGAAGGGGUUAAAACAGCCCCGGCCCUUAACGUACAAAAUGGCUAAAACAGUCUGGUCCUGAAGGGGUUAAAACAGCCCCGGCCCUUAACGUACAACAUGGGCAAAACAGUCCGGUCCUGAAGGGGUUAAAACAGCCCCGGUCCUUAACGUACAACAUGGCUAAACCAGUCCGGUCCUGAAGGGGUUAAAACAGCCCCGGUCCUUAACGUACAACAUUGGCAAAACAGUCCAGUCCUGAAGGGGUUAAAACAGCCCCGGUCCUUAGCGUACAACAUGGCUAAAACAGUCCGGUCCUGAAGGGGUUAAAACAGCCCCGGCCCUUAACGUACAACAUGGGCAAAACAGUCCAGUCCUGAAGGGGUUAAAACAGCCCCGGUCCUUAACGUACAACAUGGCUAAACCAGUCCGGUCCUGAAGGGGUUAAAACAGCCCCGGUCCUUAACGUGAAACAUGGGCAAAACAGUCCAGUCCUGAAGGGGUUAAAACAGCCCCGGUCCUUAGCAUACAACAUGGCUAAAACAGUCCGGUCCUGAAGGGGUUAAAACAGCCACGGUCCUUAACGUACAACAUGGCUAAACCAGUCCGGUCCUGAAGGGGUUAAAACAGCCCCGGUCCUUAGCGUACAACAUGGCUAAACCAGUCCGGUCCUGAAGGGGUUAAAACAGCCCCGGUCCUUAACGUACAACAUGGCAAAACAGUCCGGUCCUGAAGGGGUUAAAACAGCCCCGGUCCUUAGCGUACAACAUGGCUAAAACAGUCCGGUCCUGAAGGGGUUAAAACAGCCCCGGCCCUUAACGUACAACAUGGGCAAAACAGUCCAGUCCUGAAGGGGUUAAAACAGCCCCGGUCCUUAACGUACAACAUGGCUAAACCAGUCCGGUCCUGAAGGGGUUAAAACAGCCCCGGUCCUUAACGUAAACAUGGGCAAAACAGUCCAGUCCUGAAGGGGUUAAAACAGCCCCGGUCCUUAGCAUACAACAUGGCUAAAACAGUCCGGUCCUGAAGGGGUUAAAACAGCCACGGUCCUUAACGUACAACAUGGCUAAACCAGUCCGGUCCUGAAGGGGUUAAAACAGCCCCGGUCCUUAGCGUACAACAUGGCUAAACCAGUCCGGUCCUGAAGGGGUUAAAACAGCCCCGGUCCUUAACGUACAACAUGGCUAAACCAGUCCGGUCCUGAAGGGGUUAAAACAGCCCCGGUCCUUAGCGUACAACAUGGGCAAAACAGUCCGGUCCUGAAGGGGUUAAAACAGCCACGGUCCUUAACGUACAACAUGGCUAAACCAGUCCGGUCCUGAAGGGUUAAAACAGCCCGUCCCACAGCAUAAACAUGGCUAAAACCAGUCCGUCCUGAAGGGGUUAAACAGCCCCGUCCUUAGCGCAUAACAUGGCUAAAAGCCAGGUCCGGUCCUGAGCAAGCAAAACAGCCUCGCCCCAACGCGCGGGCGAACAUGGCUAAACCAGUCCGGUCCUGAAGGGGUUAAAACAGCCCCGGUCCUUAACGUGAAACAUGGGCAAAACAGUCCGGUCCUGAAGGGGUUAAAACAGCCCCGGUCCUUAACGUACAACAUGGCUAAACCAGUCCGGUCCUGAAGGGUUAAAACAGCCCCGGUCCUUAGCGUACAACAUGGGCAAAACACUCCGGUCCUGAAGGGGUUAAAACAGCACCAGCCCUUAACGUACAACAUGGCUAAAACAGUCCGGUCCUGAAGGGGUUAAAACAGCCCCGGCCCUUAACGUACAACAUGGCUAAACCAGCCCGGUCCUGAAGGGGUUAAAACAGCCCCGGUCCUUAACGUGAAACAUGGGCAAAACAGUCCGGUCCUGAAGGGGUUAAAACAGCCCCGGUCCUUAACGUACAACAUGGCUAAACCAGCCCGGUCCUGAAGGGGUUAAAACAGCCCCGGUCCUUAACGUGAAACAUGGGCAAAACAGUCCGGUGCUGAAGGGGUUAAUGAUCCUAGAGAGGAAUAAAAGCGAUAACCGCAGGCUGUGGGAGGGAGGCGGGGAUCGAUCUCACGGCCUCUCUUACACUGAGCGAGCGCUUUACCAUCUGAGCUAACUCCCCGCCACAGCCGCCAGGGGGAGAGACUGCCUAUAGGAGGUGAUACGUCAUCACGUGACGCAGCCUGAGCUCAUAUUCCCCAUUUGAAUCAAACCCGCUCUCAGUGCGGCUCUGACUGAUUCUAAUAAUAAUAUAACUCGAUCUGCUCAUCGUUCCCGCUAUUUCUCUAUAACACACUGAGCCACGGGGCACCGCGCGCACCAUCCCCCUAUUCUCUGCCCCGAAACAGCGGCUACAAGACCCGCCCCCGAAACCCCGCGACUGGAGGGAAAGGGACAGGAGAGGCCGGCAUCCGAUUGGCCGAGCGUCUCCCAUAGCUCACUGCGAUUGGCUGAGAUAACUGUCAAUCUCCGUGACGUAGGUUUGUUGCUAAGGCCGAGCAGGCUGUAGAUGCGCCAACCAUUACGGGCUAUUGGCAAAGUUAAAGUUUGACUCCUUUGCGGCUCCACCAAUCACAUCGCGGCAAUCUCCGUGAGGGGAGCACAGUGAUUGACAAGCCGUCUAACCAAUGGCCAACCGCAUCCUCAGAACAACAGGGCGGUUAUUCUUGAGUGACAGCUCGCUGAGCCAUUGGCAGCCUCGUGCGAUAAAGCGAAGGCGGGACAUUGCCACGGAUUGGCUGUAGGCUCCUCCUGAAGGAGAAGGGGAGUGUUUGGAAGAGUUGAUAUGUCCACCAUCUUGGAAAGUCGCCUAUAGUGCCGAGCGAUUUUCCCGCCUGACUGGCUCGGGCUGCUUCCCCUCAGGUAUUGAUUUGUUGUACUUUUUGCGGUUGUGCUGUCCGUGUUCGCGGAGUCCCGCCCUCCCGCCCCGGGGCUUCCGGCGGCCGCUGAGCCUGGUCCUCCGGGCGGGCACCGGGCUCUCCGUCAGAGGGGCUGGCGGGCUGUGUGUGAGGGGGGAGAGAGCGGGGGAGGGGACACAGAGAGAGACUGAGAGAGAGAGAGAGAGCGUCCUCCAACACAACCACCGACUGCCCCUCACUAACUCACACCCUGAGUGUAGGCCGCAAACUCACAGCCACUCACACUAACAGCGCUGAGUGAGCCCCCCCUCACACUAACAGCGCUGAGUGAGGCCCCCCCCCUCACACUAACAGCGCUGAGUGAGGCCCACCUCACACUAACAGCGCUGGUGGGGCCCCCCUGCACUAACAGCGCUGAGUGGGAAUGCACUAACAGCGCUGAGGUGGGGCCCCCCUCACACUAGCAGCGCUGAGUGGGGAACCCUCACACUAGCAGCGCUGGUGGGGCCCCCCCCUCACACUAACGGCGCUGGUGGGGCCCCCCCUCACCUGCUGGCGCUGGGUGAGGGUAUUUACCUCACACUAUGCUGGCGCUGAGUGGGGCCCCCUCACACUAACAGCAGCCUUGGUGGGGCCCCCCCUCACACUAACAGCUGAGGUGAGGCCCCUCACACUAACAGCGCUGAGUGAGGCCCCACACCUCACACUAUGGCCAGCACGCUGGUGAGCCCCCUCACACUAGCAGCGCUGAGGUGAGGGCCCCCCCCCUCACACUAACGGCGCUGGGUGAAACCCCUCACACUAACAGCGCUGGAGUGGGGCCCCCCCUCACACACUAACAGCGCUGAGUGGGGGCCCCACACUAACAGCGCUGAGGUGGGGCCCCCCCUCACACUAACAGCGCUGAGUGAGGGCCCCCCUCACACUAACAGCGCUGAGUGAGGCCCCCCCCCCUCACACUAACAGCUGAGGUGAGGCCCCUCACACUAGCAACAGCGCUGAGUGAAAUUCCUCACACUAACAGCGCUGAGUGAGGCCCCACUAACAGCGCUGAUGAGGCCCCCCCCUCACACUAACAGCUGAGUGGGGCUACCUCACACUAACAGCGCUGGUGGGGCCCCCUCACACUAGCAGCUGAGGUGAGGCCCCCCCCUCACACUAACAGCGCUGAGUGGGGCCCCCCCCCUCACACUAACAGCGCUGAGUGAGGCCCCCCCCCUCACACUAACAGCGCUGAGUGAGCCCCCCUACUCCACACAGUCCUUGAAGAACAUGGCCCGCACGUACACUACAGUUGAGGGUUAGUGUGUGGGAGACAAUACUCACCCCCCCUUCAUUUUAGCAGGACUGAGUGACUCUGGUAAUGGCUCUCACUCCAUCUCAGGGGAUGAGUGAACACUUGGCAGUGACUCUUACUGCAUCUCAGGGUUGAAGCCUUGCACUCCAGCUACAGGGGGGUGAGUGACUGAUAAUUGCUCGCUCUCACUUGGUCUUAUGUAGGGUGAAUGAACACUUGGCACCUCAUUGGCUCAUUUAUUGUUGAUGGCCAUUGAGGGCUUUUACUUCAUAGUAUUUCCAGUAAUGGAGUAAGCAAGGGAUUAUUGGUACUCUAGCUGGUGACUUACCUGCUUGUACCUACCCUAUCUGUUCUGCUUGAUAAACUUCUUAAGUGACUCUAUUUCCACACACUGCCACGACAGGUAACCUUGCCGGUUGUGGACUAUGUUAAAAAUGUUUGACCAACUUCAAAUCCACAUCGUUUGACGUGCCAAAGGUGACUGUUGAGUGAUAUCACCUCUGUAGGUCACAGGUUGCACAUGUGAAGUCAGUUUCCUCUAAAGGGUACAGUGAGAACCUGAGGAGUCUGUUCUAAAAUUGAAACUGAGACCUGUUGUGUAAUGUUUACUACUGGUCCAUAGAUUUUUCUUGUUCACUGUGUAGUCAUGUGUACUAGACAACGACAAAAUAAAAUGCCAAAUGCAUCCCAGCUAUACACUGCCAGCAAACUACAAUGUUUACUUGAAUAAAUCUAUAAACACACCGUAGAUGAUUGGGGGGGGGGGGGCGCGGUGAAAUGUAAUCAAUCCAUAAGCCGUUUACUAGACUGAAUGUAUAUGAUUUCUGUAAAGUGUGGAUUUUAUGAAAACUAGUCUGUUUUAAUUCUGAGAAUAGGUGUCUUUUUAGUGUAGUUACUAUAAGUGUGGUUUUUUUUUUUUUUAACCCCUUAAGGACACAUGACAUGUGACAUGUCAUGAUUCCCUUUUAUUCCAGAAGUUUGGUCCUUUUAAAUAAAAAGGAAUUUUUAAGGUGUGAUCAGUUUAGGCAUAAUUGUAAUUGUAGUGGGUCAAGGCUUCAAGGGAACCACCAAGGUUUCAGUCUUUUUGGAGAGCUUCAUGUUUUGUUAAGCCCACAGUUUAAACCCCUGUUUCUACGAUUCAGUGUAGACACUGCUUUGUUUGUUCUGAGACUUACUAUAAAGUGUGCCCCAUAGUGUCUCUUGUCCCGUUGUAAUCUUUAAUUUGUACUAAUAAUGUGCUUGCAUUAACAAACCCUUGCCUAUAUGCCAGCGAUGUAGUAUGGAGUUCUUCUUUUCGCUUGCUUAUAAACCAAAGAAACGGAAAUGGAAUGUGCAAUACAAAAUAAACCUUAAUGUAGUGUCACUUUGAUUACUGAAAUGACAAAUACAUGCAGGCUACUUAAUCUCCAGUCUAACACAAGGCAGUAGUGCCACUUAAGCUUUUAUUGGGAUUAUAGUACUUGUCAUAGUCGGCUAGCCUCUCUUUGAAGAAAGAGAAAUGUUCUCUCCUAUCCUGGAGUCCUGACACAGGUAGUUUCAAAAUUGAUGCGUUACACUUAACUCUAUUUUCACAUUGCUUUGAACAGGUAAUAAGGCUGUAAGUGCUCCCCCCAUUGUGUCCAGCUAUCCUUGCAUUUUAAGGAUCUGUCAUAAAAAAAAAAAAUGAAAACUUGUCAAAUUUGUGUGUACGCAAUGUUACACUUCUGCAAUGCAAAGCGUACAUUCCAUAGUUUCCUUCUAGACAAGACAUUCUGAAUUUAGUUCGCCUCAAACUACAUAGGCCAUGACUUCUAAGGACAUGCAUUGAAGGCCACAUACUGAUUUACUUAUGUGUAUAUUGCAUAUUCAUCCUGAAAUCUGUCCUAGGUCUAUCCUCUUCAGAAGACUGGUUGAAACCCUUAAAGGAGCACUAGAGGGUCAGGAACAAAACAUGUAUUCCUGACCCUAUAGUAUAAAAACCACCAUCUAGCCUCCCCCGCUUCCCUAAAUAUAGUAAAAUCUUACUUGAGUUCAAGUCUGCAGUUUCUGUCUCUGUAUAUAUCGGUAUCAGCCAAUAUAGAUACCAAUGUAGCGGUGCAUUUUUCAAAAGUUGGAAUGCCUGCUCACACUCCGGGGUCCAGGUUACUUGGCGGGGAAGGUUUUUGCGGGUAAGGUCAGUAAGGGUUUUGGCCAGGGCGCUAUAGUUCGGCAUGAAUUUCCUGUUAUACCCGGCGGUCCCCAGAAAAACAAGUACUUGGGUCUUUUGUCCUGGGGGUUGGCCAUUGUGCUACGGCGUCUACCUUUGCGGGUUCAGGCUUCUGCUUCCCGCACCCUACUCGGUGUCCGAGGUACUGUACCUCAGCCAUACCUAUACUGCAUUUAGCAGGUUUCAAGGUUAAUCCGGUUUCCCAGAUUCUAUCUAACACUACUCCUAUGUGGGCCAGGUAUUGCUAAAGAUAGCAAUGUCAUCUAAAUAAGCACAGGUGUAAUCUUGAAACCCAUCUAGGAGCCGAUCCACCAUCCUCUGGAAGGUAGCCGGUGCGUUUUUCAUCCCAAACGGCAUCACCUUAAAUUGGUACAAGCCGAAUGGGGCGACAAAGGCGGACUUAGGGAUGACGUCCGGGGCCAGGGGAAUCUGCCAAUACCCCUUACAAAGAUCAAUGGUCGUGAGGUAUUGGCCCCUGGCCAUCCGGUCUAACAGUUCAUUCUCCAGGGCAUAGGGUAUGUGUCAGAUACUGUCUUUUCAUUUAACCUCCGGUAAUCCACGCAGAAGCGGGUCGUGCCGUCCCGCUUAGUUACGAGGACUACCGGGGAGGCCAAGAGGCUAUCUGACUGCUCAAUCACCCCCAGUUGGAGCAUAUCCUUGAUCUCCUUGCGCAUGUUCUCUUACUGCUUCAGGGAUAAGGUAAGGUGUCUGGCGCAUGGGAAGCUGCCCUGGGAUUUCUACCUGGUGAGUGGCCAGAGGGGUGUACCCAGGUGUACUGGAAAAGGUAUCUUGUUUCUUCUUUAGUAACUGUUGUACCUCGCUACGCUCCUGUGGGCUCAACCGAUCUCCCAGUGUAACCUCCCCUAGAUCCCCGGACAGCCGACCGUCCCCCAGCAGAUCUGGGAUGGGAAGGUUGUCGAACUCCUCAAAGGAGGGGGCACAAAUGGCUGUUACCUCCUCUGACUGUUCCUGGUAGGGCUUCAUCAUGUUCACAUGCGUUGCCCUCCAGUUCCGGCGUAGGUGCCAAUUAUAUAGGUCGUGUCACAUCUUUGUUCCACCACUUUAUAAGGGCCCUGCCAGGCGGCCUGUAGCUUAUGUCGGACAGGUUUUAAAAUUAAAACCUUCUGCCCAACCUGGAAGCUACGGUCCCUGGCGCCCCGAUCAUACCAUUUGCGCUGGCGAGUCUGAGCGGCCUGGAGGUUCUCCCUUAAAGACUUAGUCAAUGCUUCCAUACGAUCUCGGAAUGCCAGCACAUAUGGUAUGAUGGGGGUACCGUCUGCGCUCCGGUCUCCCGCCCAGUUCCCCCUAAUCAGGUCAAGCCUCCUCCCAAAUAAUCAAAUGGGGAAACCCCGGUCGAUUGCAGCGGCAUCUCCCUGUAAGCGAGUAGGAGAUGGGGCAUGAAUCGCUCAGUCCCUAUGGGUGUCUGCGAAGGUUCGGAGCAUUUGUUUCAAUGUUCCAUUGGUCUGGGGAUGGUAUGGAGCACUGAUUAUAGGCUUGUCAGAAUUUCCAGAGGUGCUGGGUAACUUCCGCAGUGAACUGGGUGCCCUGAUCCGAGAUGAUCUCCCUGGGUAACCCCAUCCUGGAGAAAAUCUGCAUCAGGGCCUCGGCCAUGUUUCUGCAUGGAUGUUAGUCAAAGCCACCGCCUCUGGAUAUCGGGUGGCAUAGUCUACUACCGUUAAAAUAUACUUUUUACCAGAAGGGCUGGGUCUCUGAAGGGGGCCUAUUAAAUCUACAGCUACCCUACUGAACGGCUCCUCAAUUAUGGGUAGCAGGGGCAGUCUUGCCUUCCGCCUGUCCCCUCUUUUCCCUACCAGUUGGCACAUGUCACAAGUACUGCAGUACCUACGAACUUCCUGGCUAACUCCUGGCCAAAAGAAACUUUGGGUCAGUCGGUGCCGGGUGCGCCUGACCCCCAAAUGUCUGGAUAGCGGACUAUCGUGCGCUAUCUGAAGUAAUUCAGAUCGGUACCGCUGUGGUACUACUAGCUGCCUCAUGACUAUCUGGUCUGACCCAGCUACCUGCUUGUCAGACUCCCUAUACAGCAGCGGUUUAUCCCAUACAAAUCUUUUGCCCUCCCCCCCCCACCCCCCCCCAAGGUUGGUCUGAGGUAACCUUGUCUCUCUAGACCUGUAUUGUGGGGUCAGUGAUCACCUCGGCCGCAAAUUCAGAGCUCAGGGGAUACAUUCUAAGGAAGGGAAAGGAUCUCUUACCUGGACCUCCGGGAGUGUGUUGUAGUCCUGGGUGCGGGCCUGUUGUCGAGUGACCACUGGGUGUGCUUCUCCGGUUGCUGGUGCCUGGGGCUCAAAAGCAGAAGUGAGUUUGCCCAUAUCAUUCUUCAGCCAGCAAUUGUGGCAUUAACCCCACUUCCACAUUACCAAACCCCGCUCCCCAAUGCAAAUGUACACGAGCUGUGGGUAGCCGGUAUACUGCUACCCUGACUGCUACAGUUCGGCUGGUCUUUGCUUGAUCGGGUACAAGGUGACUUUUGACUAGAGUUAUGGUGGCUCUAGAGUCGUGGAGCCCUUGUACCGCUUUCCCCCUCUAGGUAGACAGUUUAUCGAUGAUGUUGACGGUUGUCUGAAUUCACUUGUAUGGGAUCUGCUUCAUGUAACACUUCCCAUUGUUCCACAGUUGUGAUGGGGAUUGCUGAGCCAUAUGAAGUUGGUGUCUCAGGUUGGUAGCAGUGAGCUGCUGCUCGAGGUGGUGGAGGAGGGCUUGGACAGAUCCAGGUAGAGCAGUCUCUUAGUUGGGGACACUCUCGUUUAUAGUGUCCCCACCUUUGGCACUGGUGGCAUUGCACAGAGCUGGGUGCCCGGAACCUCUGUGUGGCGGCUGGUGGAUAGGGUGGUAGUUGUCGAGGUGGUGCUGUGCUGAGGGGGUGGCUGCUUCACCCUACGGGUCGGAUCACUGUCUUGGUGGGGGCAGGUUUUUGUUGUCUGCGGGCAUCCAAGUAUUCGUCCGCUUUCUUAGCUGCCUCUGAGGGAGGUUGGAUUGCGGUCCCUUACCCAUUCAUGUAAAUCUGUCUGGAUCCCAUCAUAAAAUUGUUCUAAUAGCAGCAUCUGUAAUAAGUCCUCCAUGGACCGAGCCUUGUUUGCCUGUACCCAUCUGAGGGCGGCCCUGUGCAGCCUGCAAGCCCAUUCAACAUGUGAGUCCUUUUCAGCUCUCUGAAUCGCCUCCAGUAUGCCUCUGGUGUGAUGGCAUAUCGGGCCAGAAUAACUUCUUUUACCCUAUGGUAGUUCCGAAUUUCCUCGUCUGGUACCGUUCUGUAUGCCUCAGCUACCCUCCCAGUUAGCCGACCUGCUAAAAUGGGUACCCACUCUUCUAGACCAAUCUUAUGCAGUGCACAGUCUCUCAAAGUCUUGGAGGAAUGCAUCUAUGUCCUCCUCUGCCUCCACAUAAGUUUUAAAAGCUUGGUAAGGUAUUUUUGUCUUGCCCUCUGUGUUGGUAGUGGUUGCUGUGUUUCUCUAUGUGGUCUUUGGCGUAUUAUAAAUUCCUGCACUUCGGUCAUAGUCCUGGAGAUAAUGUCAGCCUUUGGAUUUUCUUCAUAGGCCAGCCUAAAUUGUAGCUGCCUUUUGAAAUUCCUCUUGUUCAGAUCCAUCUGCUGAGUUUCGCUGUUCAGGGAUUGCACUGCCCUCGGUUUGGUAUUCUGCCAUAACCUCUGCAAUGAGCGUUGCUUUUCUUUUGUUGCUUGCUGCAAUACCUCUUGCUUCUAGUAGGUCUUUUAGUGUGGAUCUUUUUAGCUUAGAAUAAUCACUCUCCAUCCGUAUUCAAUUAGUCCUUGUUCCUUUGUGAGUCUGGACCCCACCGCUGCUAUUACACAGGUUAUCUCCACUUUAGAUCCCAGUAAGGCUCAGGAACAAGUAUUAUAAAUCCAGAAGGCAAUAUUUCCAGCUUGCAAAACACUCCAACAAUAGCCCAACCUCAAUCCCAAUGACUGGACGACGCACAGCAUCAGGAGCAGAACUGAACUUUUAAUCACACAGAUUCCUUAUAAAGGAUUCUCCCAUGCAAGGGAGGGAUUUACAAUAAUUUGGACAGUAGCCAAUAGUACAGUAGUUACCUCCCAUACAUCUCCUCACCUCAGUGUUACACAUAAUCCCCUUAUCUCUGUUAUAGUUUUACCCGGUUUCUGGAUGUACCCUAAAACUGUGGGGUACAAUUAUCUAAGUGGCACCUUCUGGUAGCCCUGAUCUAGGUGACUAACAUGUUCAAAAUUCACCCAGAUCGGACAUGGGGUUCGGGAGUUAUGGGGGAGAAACAAUUUGACCGACCGCACAUGAGGUGGUAGCCGAAAAGGGCUCCAUGUGUUUUGGCCCUGCAGUCGGUCUCCGUUCGGGAGAUAAAACCGAUAUAAAUCUUUGCCAUCCACUAAUAAAACGGUGUUCGUAUGAAUCCCCUUGUUCGGUACGUUGACUUCACUGAACGAGGGGCUGGUUGGCUCCUCCGUUCCAGAGUUACGGAGCUCUGGAGGACUCAGCAGUGUUCGGAUAAUCGAAUGUCCGAUUUGAGUUCUAGACACUCGACGACCAAACACUGCUGAGGUUUCGUGCGUAAGAUGACUGCCGCCAUGCGUUCGUAUGCCGAACGGCAGCCACCCAGAUACAGCAAUAAAGUACCGAUUGAUUUGCGGUUAGAGAAGUGUGAAAGCCUAAUAAGGUACACACUUCUCUCUGGGGUGGUCUACUGGUUCGGUAGUUUUCAUUUGUAUGGGAUACGGAUGAAAACUACCGAACAAACAUACGAAUAAUACAUACAAUGUUAAUUAUACAGGGAAAUAAAACACACAAAUUGCCUUUUUAACCUAACCCUUCAGGACAGUCCAGUGCCAUCUGCUACAACCAAUAUUGCUGAUAAUACAUGGACCGCCGGGCCCAUUACAAGCCUGGCGGUCCUGGUGGGGCCGGCAGAAAACUGUAAAUUACCUCCCUGCAGGUCCUCCAGCUCCCCAGUGCACCAUGGCAAUGCUCUGCGAGAUUUGCACUGGGGAGCUGCUGGGAGGUAACAGCAUUCAAAAUAAAUAUAUUCACACACAGCUCCCCUGUCUAAACACACUGCAUCCACUACAUAUGGCAUGUAUAUUUUGUGCAUUUACCUUUUAGAAAUAGUUGUAUUUUUUUCAAAAUGGUAAAUGUACAGAAUAUUGGCAAGUUAUCGGUAUCUGCUCUAAAGAAACAUUAUCAGUCGAUCCCGAAAGUGGUGGUGGUCUGAGCAGUCACAAUGCUUUCACAUUGGAUUGACUAUUGUCAAGGAGUCAGAUCUGGGGCAGAGCCAGCACAUCUCCUCAUAGAGAUGCAUUGAAUUGAGGAAAGUUCACGGUCUCCAUGCAGAACGUGGAGACACUGAAUGGCAGUAGUGUGCAGCACUGCCACAGGAAGCACCUCUAGUAGCCAUCUGAGGAGUGGCUAGUGGAGUUGUCCCUAGGCUGUAAUGUAAACACUGCAUUUUCUCUGAAAACCAUGUUAACUGCAAAAAGCCUGAAGAGAGUGAUUAUACUCGCCAGAACAAAUACAAUGAGCUGUAGUUGUUCUGAUGACUAUAGUGUCCCUUUAAAGUGACACUGUCUAUAACAAGGAUAGGCAACCUUCGGCACUCCAGAUGUUUUGAACCACAUUCCCCAUAAUGCUCUUACACCCGUAAUGCAGGCAAAGCAUUUUGGGAGGUGUAGUCCAAAACAUCUGGAGUGCCGAAGGUUGCCUAUGCCUGGUCUAUAAAAUGUUCUUUUCAAGAAUAAAGUUGGUAAUAUCACAGCAGACUAAUGAUUUAAUCUAAAACGGUGAUUUAAAGCACACAAAGGUCAUGUAAAUAGGAUUUUAUGCUUUAAAGGAAGCGUAUAUUGCACAUUGGUCCUCAGUCUAUCAUAUCUUUUUACAUAUUUCACAAAAUAAGAUUACAGAUCCUCCAAAAUAAACAUGUAAAUAAAUCAAAGCUCAAAAGCCCUCUGGUUUUACCAAACCACGUUCAGGCUUUAUAUCAAGGACAAAUGAAGAAUAUUUAAUCUCUUACCAGCGUGUACGCCAUUCAGCCGUUUUAUUGAUAUAUAUAGAUGGCUCACUUAAAAUGUUUAAUAUACAGUUCUAGCAGCCAACUUGCAGUGAGACGAAUUGUAGAAUUAGCAAAUGCCUCACCGCAACUGCCCAAGGUGUUGUGGUUUAGGUGUAUUUAGUUUAAACCGAAAGAAAAGCUUGCUCUCAAACUCCCACUACUCUUGGGUGCCAGCAUUAUCCACCAGCCAAAAUGUAUAGAACAAUAAAAAUAACCAGCAUGUUUUUACAUAUCCCUAGGACAUUUAAAGUUGCAAUUGCGUCCAAAGUUUUAAAGAACGUGAACUGUCAUUGACUACUAAUGACAAGAAAAAGGAUGAAAAGGGCAUUUGAUGUCUGCUGUAUUUCAUAUAUUGUGUAUGUUACCCUACAUUAACCACAGACCUGCACAUAAGACUUGCCUUUCCCACUGAAAUCUAAAAAUCGCAGUGAUGUUACUACUGCAAGGGAUUCUGGGUGGACCUAUGCAAAGAAUCACUUUUGUCCUUCAUUAUUGCAUUUUAAGCAUGGAUUCCUUGAAGUUUGUUUGCUCUACAACUGCUUUAAAACACAACUCUGAAAGAGCUGCAAAACCAGUUAAUCGCUCAUGGAUGUACGGCUGUUUUGUUAAUGCAACUAAUUAGAAUGAGGUUGGUUACUGACUUGCUAUUCAGUAUUAAUUUUGUUGACUAACCAUUUUAGUUAACUAAAAUUUUUGAGGUAGUUGACUAAAGCUAAAAUUACUUUUCAGUCAAGACUGACUAAAACUAAAUUGAAAUUUGCCACCAAAAAUUAACAUUGUUGCUAUUGAAGCUUGACAUUGCUUGCGGAGCACAAACCAAGAAAUUUAUGGUGAGGAAAACUGCUGUAUAUAACAAACAUAAACGUAUGGCUUGACUAAUGUGUGCAGAUCUGUUGUAUGACUAUACACUGACUUCAGGUGGAAGUGGCUUUCAAUCACUUUUUGCCCCACCAUAACUUGGUUUGGUAUAUAGAUAAAUGUCUGUUUUUUUUUUUUUUGUUUUUUUUUCUUCUAGUUUUAAAGACAACCUUUUGUCAAAAAAUAAACUUUCUUUAAAUUGCUCCUAUAUACAUUGUAUUCAUUAUAUAUCACUAAUACAUAAAGUUUUCCAUUUCAAGCUUCCUGUACUCCUGCCAUUAACUCUUCAUGUAUCACCCACCUGCUUGGGAACACUUGCUCACUGACUUUGUUGCUCGUGUACUGGUGUCUAACGGAUUGUCGUCACGUUACUAUGCAGUAUUGCCUAGUCAACACUAGAAGUGCAUGCGCUGUGGUUUCUAUGGUUGGGAGAGCCUUUGUCAGUCAGUGCCUCGGCACAUUGACUAACACUGACACUUGGAAGGAAAAAAAACUUUUUUUCCCAUAAUCUAGCUAAUAGAUGCUAAUAAUGCUAGCACAAUGUAUAGAUAGUGUUAUGCUCAGUUUAAUGAGCAUAAGUUGUUUGGGGCAUGACAGGUGCCCUUUAACCGGCAUAAGUAGGAAAAUUAUAUUUUGAACUUUGCUCUGUCUAAAUUAUCCACCGCUAAGCAAAGGUUAUGAGUGUGUCCCCGGCUAAGUAUUCCAUAACAUUGUGUGCAUUUUGCCAAACACAUUACCAGCAGAAUUAUGUUUGGGGGACAGCUGAGUAAUGAACAGACUACUUUGACAGAACUGUAGCCUAGCUUUUUCCUUCGAUGAGAGUUCAACCCAAAACUUGGAUAAGUGACAUAGCCCAUUAUUAACAAAGUUUCCAUGCAGAUUGACAGGUGCCGGAGCCCUGUCAAUUAACAAAGUUUAAAGGGACACUAUAUAGUCACCAGAACAACUACAGCUUAUUUAAUUUGUUCUGGUCAGUAGAAUAAUUACCUUCAGGCUUUUUCUUGUAAACACUGUCUUUUCUGAGAAAUGCAAUGUUUACAUUAACAGCCAUCUGAGGAGUGGCCAGUGAAGUUAUCACUAGGCUGUAGAGAUCCUUCCUGGGUCAUGGCUGCCUAAAAUGCAUCCAAACAUUCAGUGUCUCCUCCCUCUGCAUGCAGACACUGAAUUCUCAUCAUUGAUUAAAUGCAUCUCUAUAAGAAGAUGCUGAUUGGCCAGGGCUGUGUAUGAAUUGUGCUGGCUCUGCCCCUUAUCUGUCUCCAUGUCAGUCUCAGCCAAUCCUAUGGGGAAGCACUGUGAUUGGGUCAGGCUACCACAUCUGUUGAUGUCAGCAGACAGCUUGCUUUCUGAGUCUAACAGCAUGCAGAGUUUACAGCUUCAGUCUGGAAAACAGGAAGAUUUUUACUAUAUAUUUGGAGGCAUGGGGGGGCCCAGGGGGGCUAGAUGGUGGUUUUAACACUAUAUAAGUUCAGGAAUACAUGUUUGUGAUCCUUUAAUAUCUUGGAAAUAUUUUCAUGCUGAAAAGAUGAUUUCUAUGCACCACAACUGUCACAGAAAGCUGAAGUGGUUAUAAUGGCGAGGUUACCCGAUUGUCAGACCUCUCUAAAAUACUAUGAGGGGGUAUAGCACAAUAACCACUAUGAUCAGCUGUACUGGCUUACAAUUCAGUUUAUUGAAUAAGUGUCUGAAAUCAGCAGCAGCUCUGUGACUUAUUGUAGUUUCAAAGCAAGUGUUUUUGGCUGCAUAAUGCACGCAAUGGGUAAACCGUGUAAUUCUGGGCUACUAUGCAGAAUUUAUAGUUGCGUACUAAAAGACAUGCAUUUGAGACUUUACAUUUAUACCAGUUUAAUGUUUUUUUAUUUUAUUUUCUGUGAUUGGUUCUGUGAGAGGAUGUCCCAUGAAUACAUGGCAUCUAGUAAGAUAACCGCAUAGGCUAUAUACAAUCACCCCAAGACCACCUGUGGUUUCACCAAGAAGUCUGAGCAAUGCACAUACUGCUGUUACCUGCGCUAUAUUUUUCUCAGACAUGUGGAUGCCUCAGAAUUAAACAUAUACAUUACAUGUGAUUCUUAUGGUCUCCUAUUUGCUAUACAACUUCUACUGUUGCAUGGCUACCAGCCUCCCAUGAUACUGUGGGGAUUUGAUCCACCCAUCCUACUUUCCCUUGAUAGUUUUGUUUACCCUUUCACCUUAAGGAUUAUACUCUUGAUAAGUCCUUAUAUAUGGUAAAGGAACACUAAAGCAUUAGGAAUAUAAACACGAUUGGCUGAGAUCAAUCAAUGCAACGCCAUAGGGAAGCAUUGGGAGAUGAGCAUGCAUGCAGAGCACUAUCCUAGCUGUACGAUAAGGCCAGGGACUUAUGAAAGUAUUUUUAGAAAAUUGGGCAGAAUAGAUGGGCCGAAUUAUCUGCCAUCACAUUCUAUAUUUCUAAAUGCUGGUGUGCACCAAUCUAAUGCUGUCUGUGAGCACCAUUUUAUUGUGAUUCUAUUAGAGCGCUUCUAGUAGCUGUCAAUGAAACAGCGGUGUGAUAAACCAUAGAAUGAUAACUUUGCCAUAAAAAGCACCAUCAUUGCUCCAUAACUAUAAUUUAAAAUUUUUUUGUCACUUUCACCUUGGUGUUUUUGAAAUUCACUUUAGUUUUUUAUCUCAGGAACUGUUGGGACUAAUUUCUUAUGUGUAAUGUGAACUGUUGCAAUUGGUAGAGCUUAAGCUAAUUUACUCAUCAGUCAAAAAAAAUCUAGUUUCUGCACAAAAUGGAUGACCACUCUAGGCACCCAGACCAAUUCAGCUUAUUGAAGUUGUCUGGUUGCCAGGUCCAGCCAGGAUUAACCCAUUCUUUUAUAAACAUAGCAGUUUCAGAGAAACUGCUAUGUUUAUGAAUGGGUUAAGCCUUCCCCCUAAUCCUCUAGUGGCUGUCUCAUUGACAGCCGCUAGAGGCGCUUGCGUGCUUCUCACUGUGAUUUUCACAGUGAGAGCACGCCAGCGUCCAUAGGAAAGCAUUAUGAAUGCUUUCCUAUGUGACCGGCUAAAUGCGCGCGUGCGCAUUCAGCCGACGGGGAGGAGGAUCGGAGGAGGAGAGCUCCCCGCCCAGCGCUGGAAAAAGGUAAGUUUUUACCCCUCUACCCUUUCCAGAGCUGGGCGGGAGGGGGUCCCUGAGGGUGGGGGCACCCUCAGGGCACUAUAGUGCCAGGAAAAACAAGUGUCUUCCUGGCACUAUAGUGGUACUUUAAGGAGAAAAAAUAUAAAGGGUGCAAAAUAAUCAUUCCGAUACAAGAGUCAUAAGGAAAGAAAAUGUAAUGACUGUGCCACUUAAUACAUUUAUAAGAGUAUCCUGCCCAGAGUUAAAGGGAGAGUUGACUUUGUAUUCAUCAUAAAUAUAGAAAGUUACAAACAUCCUUUUGGAACUUACAGAUAUUUGAGAUUUGAUUACUUUAAAGGGACACUGUAGGCACCCAGACCACUACAGCUAAUUGAAGUAGUCUGGGUGCUGUAACCCUUUUGCACUUAGUGCUGUCAUGUAAAACAUUGCAGUUCCAGAGAAUGUUUACAUUGCAGCUCUAAGUCUGCCCUCUGUGGCUAUCUAACAGACAGCCAUUAGAGGGCUUCUGGAAUCCAAAUGACUUUUGGUCUGUUAUCUGACUAUGGACGUCCUCACCGACCUCCAGCGCCAGAUUUUCCUCAUAGGGAAGCAUUGAAUAAUGCUUUCCUAUCGGGAGGUUUAAUGCGCUGACGGGGGAGGAGUGUGACCCAGCGCCGAGGGACAUCUGCACUGAAUUCUGGUAAGCGGCUGAAGAGGUUUUAACCCCUUCAGCCCCGAGGGAGGGGGGGCACUUCAGGAGCCUAUAGUGCCAGGAAAACGGGUUUUACCUGGCAUUAUAGGAUCCCUUUAAAGUUCACUACAUGGUCACUAAUCAUCUUCUCUCUUGUUCUUUUAUACUGAUUUUAAGAAUUCAGAUAAGUUUGUUUUUAACAUAAACUACUUCAUAAUUCUCAACAAUACUCUUGUGCCAUCACUUUAAGGGAACACUGUAUUCCUGACCAUAUAGUGUAAAGUCCCUGGCUACCUCUCAUUCCCCUUUAAAAGGGUGUAAAACUCUCCUUUAUUCCAGUGCUGCGCGGAUCUGCUGGCAUUGGCCCUGCCCAUAGGAAAGCAUUUGGAGACUAUAGUGCAUGCCAACUGCCAGAUUAAUUUACGCUUACACUAACAGUAUAUGUUCUAACCUUAUCCCAAAAUGCUGAAUGCACCGAUCAGGAUCUUCUCAGAGAUGAAUUGAAUCAAUGCAUAUCUGAGGAACGUUCAGUGUCUCCAUGCAGUGCGUGGAGACACUGAACGUCAAUGCUGCACACUGUGCAACACUGACCUGGGAAGCACUUCUAGUGGCUGUUGGAAGGUAACUGACAGUUUCUCAAUUUCCUAAAAAAUACCCCUGACAGUCUCACAGAAUGGCCCCAUGACAAUUGUGAUCAGUGCUGGGCUUUGCUAGCUGCCCAAAACUGAUUACAGUGUAACUGACACAUUGUGGUUUCAGCAUUACAGGUUAAUGCCUGUAAUGCUAAAAACUUGCAGUAAAUGAUACCACUCUGAGUCAUCUGCUCAUAUCAAGACUGAUAUUGGUAAAGUGUAAGCAUAGGUUAAUCUGGCAGUAGAUAUAGGGUUAGCGUAAUUUAGAUUUUAGACAUUGAGGCAUUUAAUAAUCAGGACAGACUGUUAAUCUUUUGCUCUUGUUUUCUAAAUUUUUAUUCCCACUUAUUAGGCAAAAUAUGAUGGGGCUAGGCAUCCUUCAGCACUCCACAUGUGGACUUCAGCUCCCAAUGGUAUUAUGGAUCUAAACAUAAUGGCAGAUAUAGUCCACAACAUCUUGUAUGCCAAAGGUUGUGUACCCCUGAAAUAGACAUACAGACCUGCCUUAAGUUACCCACGACUGCAAGCCUGGAUAGUCUAUGGCUCACUCACCAGGAGUGAAUUUUCACCCACCAAUGGCUAGUGCUAAUUGGAACUUUUGAGCCCAGUUUAUGUAUUGAUUUUUAAAGAACAGGAAGGGCUUUCUUUCAAAAUCCUCUAUCCAAAUGCAUGUUCACAUAUAUUCUUUAUCAAACCUAAACUGUCAUAUUUUCCUAAUCAUACCAAAAGGUGCAAUGAUCUUACAUUUUUGAGACCCUUUGGUUUUUGUUGAAUGUCUUUCAAGCAGAUUUCCAAAAUACAGAAUUCUCUCCAGAGCCAGAAGCCCUUACCUUGUGAUAUCAGUGUGAAAUUAACUUCCUUGUUCCUUGUACAUUUUCUCUGAGCUCACAUUUCAUGCUUAUUCUGUGGCUAAAAACACUGUAAGAUGAGCUUUGACAAAUUUACUAUAUACUCUAUUCACUUUGACAUUUUUUUGUGCUUGCUCAACAUUAAAAGGCCACUUCACUUCUAUGACACUGCCUGUGUGCAGGGAUUCUGUCCGUGUAACCCUGCAAUGGAACACAUUGAAGAUUUUUAGAAAAUGGCUGUCUUCCACAGUUUGAGCCGUUUCCACGGCGCUGGCCGCAAAACUGUCAUGUGACAGAGAAGCCCCUAUAUGAAAACAUUGGCUAAAUGUUUUGUUUUUGUGGGGAAACUUGGAUUGCGCAUCAGAUCCUCAGGCCAUGCUACCUUGAUGACUUUCAGGAGUAGGAGAGGAACAGCCUUCCAAAAAUAGCUUCUACAUUAAAAUUAGAUGUGAUACUGCCACUUGCUUAAAAAGGUGAGUAUCUGCAGCAACUAAACAGGAGCAAAGCAGUACAAUACACAAACAGGAAAUUCUUAGUGCUACGUAAACGUUUCUGUGGAAUAUCCCAACAGACAGUUGGAUAGUAGAUACAUUUCUUUUGCACAUUCCCAAUACUAUACUUGUUCCCAUCAACCAUUGCAGUUACUCCUGGGGGAGGGGGGGGGAUAUGGUUGCAGAAGCUCUCCCCACACAGCUUGCCAAAAUUGAGAACUUAAAGGGACACACUAGUCACCAGAACAACUAGAGCAAUUUGAAUUUGUUCUGGUGAGUAGAAUCAUUGCUUUCAGGCUUUUUGAUUUUAACACGGUCUUUUCAGAGAAAAUGCAGUGUUUACAUUACAGCCUAGUGAUAACUUCACCGGCCACUCCUCAGAUGGCUGUUAGAGAUCCUUCCUGGGUCCUGGCUGCCUAAAUGCAUCCAAACAUUCAGUAUCUCCUCCCUCUGCAUGCAGACACUGAACUUUCCUCAUAGAGAGUCAUUGAUUCAAUUCAUCUCUAUGAGGAGAUGCUGAUUGGCCAGGGCUGUUUGAAUUGUGCUGGCUCUGCCUCUUAUCUGCCUCCUUGACAGUCUCAUCCAAUCCUGUGGGGAAGCAUUGUGAUUGGCUCAGAAUAACACUUCUGAUGAUGUCAGCAGGCAGGUCAAAAGGAAACAGGGACAAAGUGGUUCCAGGCUUGAAUAUAAGUAAGAUUUAACUAUAUUUAGGGAGGCAUGGGGGACCAGGGGGCUAGAUGGUUUUAACCCUAUACGGUCAGGAAUAAAUGUUUGUGUUCCUGACCCUAUAGUGCUAAUUUAAAUGAGAUAAUGUAGUCCCUAGUUUUCUGCUGUCUUAUCGAUUUUGCAAUCUUUAAAUUUUCAUGCAUAUUAUCUUGUAUAUGAUCCUUGCCUAAUAUAGAUAUAUAUUUUUUUCUCCUUAGGAAGAAAACUGGCUUCCUGUAGCAGUUGUGCAACAUUUUAA